AUGCCCUCCUGGAAGACGACGGUUACCACGACCACCACGACCACCAACCCGGAAGGCCACUCCGUCGAGGAGACCAAGACCAAGACCUACUCGUACCCGCACGACACGAGCGGCUCGUCCACCGACUCGCGCGGCUGGAACGAGCUUGCCGAGCAUGCUACGCUGUGGACGCCACCUCUGUGGCUUCCGAACGUGCCCACUGUCCCACUCCACGCUCCACUUGAGAGUCUGCGCAGCGUCGCUGCCGCAGUGCCGGUGCAUGCCUUUCUCUCAACCACUCCAACCGUCAUGAAUCCUUACUAUCCUUUCUACUACGGCCCCAGCAUGAACCCCUACGCGUACAACCCUUAUGCCUACGCGGCCACCAACCCCUAUGCGCCGUACGCCAACGAGAUGCAGUACAUGCAGGCUCUGCAGAUGGCCCACCUGCAGGCCCAAGUCAACCCCCUCCCAAGUGCCUGGUUCUAUGGUGGUUACACCCCACCGCAGCAGCCCGACCACCGCACACUCUAUGCCGACCUCAAGAAACACUACGAGGACAAGAAGAAGAAGGCCGACGACGAGGAGAAGAGCAAGAAGGAGGCCAAAAAGGCCAAAGACGCAGCAGACAAGGCCGUCAAGGACGCGGGGCCCAGCAAGAACUUUGGCUUUUCACCAGAGACUGCGGCGCUCGUGACGUACAUCUUCGACGGCGGCCCGCCUGCAGGGCAGUGGGCCAAGAAGAAGUAA